GGCACCAGUGCUCGCUGAAGGAGCCGGCGGAACGGGGUGGUCAUGGGGAUGUGGGCGUCGCUGGACGCGAUGUGGGAGAUGUCGGCCGAGAAGCGUAUCUUCGGGGCCGUGUUGCUCUUCUCCUGGACAGUGUAUCUCUGGGAGACCUUCCUAGCACGGCGGCAGAGACGGAUAUAUAAAACAACAACUCAUGUACCACUGGAGUUAGGACAGAUCAUGGAUUCAGAAACAUUUGAGAAAUCUCGACUGUAUCAGCUGGAUAAAAGUACUUUCAGCUUCUGGUCAGGACUCUAUUCAGAGGUUGAAGGCACUCUUAUUCUUCUCUUUGGAGGAAUCCCUUAUCUCUGGAGACUCUCUGGGCGGUUCUGUGGCUAUGCUGGCUUUGGACCAGAAUAUGAGAUCACUCAGUCCUUGGUGUUUCUGCUGCUGGCUACACUUUUCAGUGCAUUGACUGGUUUGCCGUGGAGUCUUUAUAAUACUUUUGUGAUAGAAGAAAAACAUGGUUUCAAUCAGCAGACUUUGGGGUUCUUCAUGAAAGAUGCAAUCAAGAAAUUUAUUGUGACUCAGUGCAUUUUAUUACCUGUGUCUUCACUUCUACUUUACAUUAUUAAAAUUGGGGGAGACUAUUUUUUUAUUUAUGCCUGGCUGUUCACACUAGUUGUAUCUCUGGCGCUUGUCACCAUCUAUGCUGAUUACAUUGCCCCUUUAUUUGACAAAUUCACACCUCUUCCUGAGGGAAGGCUUAAACAGGAAAUUGAAGUCAUGGCAAAGAGUAUUGACUUCCCUUUGACUAAGGUGUAUGUUGUUCAAGGAUCUAAACGCUCUUCCCACAGCAAUGCUUAUUUUUAUGGCUUCUUCAAGAACAAGCGAAUAGUUUUGUUUGACACUCUACUAGAAGAGUAUUCUGUACUAAACAAAGACAUCCAGGAGGAGUCUGGCAUGGAACCCUGCAAUGAUGGAGAAGGGGACUGUGAAGAAAUAAAAGCUAAAAAUAAGAAACAAGGAUGUAAAAAUGAGGAAGUACUUGCUGUGCUAGGCCAUGAACUGGGGCACUGGAAGUUGGGACACACAGUCAAAAAUAUCAUUAUUAGCCAGAUGAAUUCUUUCCUGUGUUUUUUCUUGUUUGCUGUAUUAAUUGGUCGAAAGGAGCUUUUUGUUGCAUUUGGUUUUUAUGACAGCCAACCCACUCUAAUUGGACUAUUGAUCAUCUUCCAGUUUAUUUUUUCACCUUACAAUGAGGUUCUUUCUUUUUGCCUAACAGUCCUAAGCCGCAGAUUUGAAUUUCAAGCUGAUGCAUUUGCCAAGAAACUUGGGAAGGCUAAAGACUUAUAUUCUGCUUUAAUCAAACUAAACAAAGAUAACUUGGGUUUCCCUGUUUCUGACUGGUUGUUCUCUAUGUGGCAUUAUUCUCAUCCUCCACUACUAGAGAGACUCCAGGCUUUGAAAAAUUCAAAACAAGACUGAGUUGCCCAGGGUCUGCAGCUGAAGACGUUUCUGAUUAUUCCUGUCCUGGCAGCAUGUUUUGGCUCUUGAUGUUUUUAAACUUUUUUUUUUUUUGAAGAAAAAUUAUUAAGUAUGGAAAAGCCAAGAUUUAAAUACAUUUAAUAUCUCAUUUCAAAAAUGAUUUUAAUAAUCCAUUUCUUAAAGAAAACACUGGAUGAAAUUUUGAGGCUUCAUGUUUUUAAAGGCUUAGUUUUAUCUUUAAAAUCUAGUUUACCGUCAACUUGUAAAAUUACUUGAGAAAAUACAGAACUUGUUUUAUUUACAUGCUUAUAUGGAACCUGCAUAUAAGGCGUUUGGGGGCAUAUGUUUAAAAGGGAACACACCUCUGAAUCCUCUCUGUAAGGCAGAAACAGUGGUCCUGAGUCACUGUGCUCAUACCUAAGUUGAGACUUAUUUUUACUUUCAUGCUGUUAUGAUUUAAGCUGGCCAAUCAAUGUUUUAAAUAAGGAAGAAAGCUAAUAAUUGGUAAGGCUGAUGUUUUGUAAAUGAAAGUAGUUAGAAAUAUGCUCUCUCCUGUUCUAUCAAAUUUCUCUGUUCCCUCUCUUGCUAUACACUGAUCAGGAGUUUCUAAUAAUGCUUUGAAAUUAGGAAUUAUGUACAGAAUGUUUUAAAUCACUGGGUUUUGUUUUUGCUUUUAAGAAAGUCUUUCUCUUUCUUUCCACCUGGUGGGUAUGAUCCCAUUAGGGGUAAACGAGUAUUUUUCUAAACAUUCAGCUUUUUCUCACUCAUACUCUUGUAUUCAAUAAAUAGUACAUCCUUUUACUUAGCAAAAAUUGCCAUAUUGAACAGGCUUUGCUAUUUUAAAAGUGGGAGAAUGUGGAAAGAAGAAGAAAUGACAUUUUAAGAGAUGUAAGAUUGAAAUACUGAUGAUUCUCUUAUGAUGUUACAGGGAAAAAAUAUAAUUUUCUAUCUCUUUCAAGGAGAGAAGAGUUUUCGUUUUUAUUUUUCUAAUUUUUAUCAGUAAGUCUUAAGUGCUAUUUAAUCAGGCCUGAUUCCAUUUUAGAAAAUUAUAGUUCUUGAUAUGCAGACAAGUUUUAUUUUCAAAACAAAUGUCAUGAAAGAUUUCCAGUUUUUGAAGCUGCAUGUUUGACUGAUUCAAAUCUCUGUCCACUUUCUGAAUGAGACCCAACUUUGUGCCUAGCGCUCCCACCCACUGGUGAUGUGUACCUUCUGGGCAUUUAUUCCAAAGUGGGAUCAACUGUGCGUGCUUGGUAUCUGGCCAGAAAGUCUUUUGCUCAGCUGAUAUUUGGGUGAUGUCUUUACAUGGAAAUAUAAUAAAAAUAAACAUCUAGUUUAGUACCGUAUUAUUUAUUUUCCUAAGGCUAAAGAGGAACAGUGCUAUGAUUUGAUCCAGCAUCUUUCAUCUGUGAAUUCAUGCUGUGAUAACUGCCUUUCCUUCCUUCCGUGCCUUUAAAUACAAAUUUCAGCUCUGCACAAGUGAAACAUUAAAAAUUGCCAAUGCA